UUUGAGUUUGAGGAUGUAUAAAUAUAGUUUCUAAACCCUAAACAGGAUUAUCAUGCCUGUGGUGUAAACCAAAAAAUUAAUCAAUAAUUUUGACUCACCUUGUUUGAGCGAAUCAUAGUGAUAAAAGCAUAUUUUGGAUAGAAUUAAACCUCACGAAUCUAAUUGUUCCUUUCAGUCUUUCCGCGAUGGGGAGGCCAUCAUCCACUAUCGAAAUCCCUCACGAACGCCACCGACAUAACGGUCACACGACUCCUGAUUCCGGUGUCUCCGACGACUAUCGCCGCCGUCGAAGCCCUAGCUACGACUCAUACGACCGCCACAACGACCGCCGCCGCCGUUCGGACUCGCCGGAACGCAGAAACCCUAGACACGCUAACGGAACUUUGAACGACAACGCUUUGCCAAAGAAAUUCGGUCGCCGAAACGGUGCGUAUCUGGAUCGCGAAAGCGGGGAUUGGCGGCGCUCCGAUUCCGAGUCCGAGGAGGAGUUGAAAGGUUUGAGCUACGAGGAAUAUAGAAGGGUCAAGAGGCAGAAGAUGAGGAAAUCGCUGAAGCACUGUAUCUGGAACGUUACGCCUAGUCCUCCUAGGCGUGAGAACGAUGAUCUGGAAGAUGAUAACAAAGCGGAUGAAAUUUCUGACCGAGACAACGGCGCUGGGAAGAGUGAUAAGGAGGUUAAAGCAAGAGCAAAAUCGGAAUCAGAAUCUGAAUCCGAUUCUGAUUCAGAAUCCGAGAAAUCUGCUAGUAGUGAAUCAGAUGAUUCGCGUUCAAGGAAGAAGAGAAGAAAGAGUUCUGGUGGUUCUUCGAGGAAAUCGUACAGCGAUAGCGAAUCGGAAGAAGAAGAGGAUCCUAGUCGAAGACAGGGUAGCAGUAGUAGAAGGAAAAGGAACCGGAACAGGAAGAAGAGAAGGUAUAGGGAUUCAGAUGAGAGUGAAGAGAGCGAGAGCGAUGAUGACUCUGAUAGUAGUGGAAGAAAGAGGAAGAAACGCUCUUCUUUUUCAAGGUCUCGAUCAAAACGUAGCAGAAGGAGCAGAAGAAGAACAAAGAGAAGGUCUGAGACGGAAAGUGAGAGUUCGUAUUCGGAGGAGGAGAAUGGUUCUGGUUCGGGUGAUGCUAAGAGUAAAGCAAUGGUUGAUGAGGUAACGAAGACGGAGAUCAAUGCGGAGGCUCUAAAGUUAAAGGAGUUGUUUGAGUCACAGAAAAAGCCCACUUUGGAUAACGAACCCUCGGUUGGACCGAUGCCCUUGCCCAGAGCUGAGGGGCAUAUCAGCUAUGGUGGAGCUCUUAGGCCUGGUGAAGGUGAUGCUAUUGCACAGUAUGUUCAACAAGGGAAGCGUAUUCCGCGUAGAGGUGAAGUGGGUCUUUCUGCGGAGGAGAUUCAGAAGUUUGAGAGCCUUGGUUAUGUGAUGAGUGGUAGUAGGCAUCAGAGAAUGAAUGCCAUUCGUAUUAGGAAAGAAAACCAGGUUUAUAGUGCUGAGGAUAAGCGUGCUUUGGCUAUGUUUAACUAUGAAGAGAAGGCCAAAAGGGAGCAUAAGGUUAUGGCUGAUCUGCAGCGCCUCGUUCAGCGCCAUAUUGGCCAGGAUGUUGGUCCAACUCAUGAUCCUUUUGCUGCAAAAGCCUCUGACGGUGCUGAUGCAUGAUCCUAAUUCCUAAUAUUGAUCUUGUUUUAGUCAAUCCUGGGAGUGAGGUGAUGAAGAAACUACACAAAUCCAAGCUCCAAAAUGAUAUAGGGCAGAAAUGGAUCUAUUUAACUGUUGAAGAGGCCGUUGGAGCUUGCAACUACAUGUUUCGUGCAUGUAAAAUGAAUACCAAGAUGAAUUAGAGGGUUGGAACAACGUGUACCUGUGAGCCAUACACCAAUGAAUAUUUUAAAGAGCUUUCUUAGUCGAUUUUG